CACAAGUGGACGCAGACCACCAGUGCCCGGCGGUGACCACAGAGAGCUGAGACCCCGUCAGGCAGGAGACAGAGGCCACUUCACGACAGAGACAGGUGCAGAGGAUGUCCAGAGCUGACUGGUCCUUCCUGGAGCACCUGCUGGAGGAGGGCCAGGAGUAUUCGACAGGCGUGGGCCGGGUCUGGCUCACCGUUCUCUUCCUGUUUCGCAUGCUGGUGCUGGGCACAGCCGCCGAGUCCGCCUGGGACGACGAGCAAGCCGACUUCGUCUGCAACACGCAGCAACCCGGCUGCACCACCGUCUGCUAUGACAAAGCCUUCCCUAUCUCCCACUUCCGCUACUUUGUCCUCCAAGUUGUCUUCGUCUCCACGCCAACUAUCUUCUACUUCGGAUAUGUGGCCAUAAGGGCUGGGAAAGACAACAGAAAAAAUGAGGAAACCAGCCAGGCGGCCAAGGGUGGCGGGAGUAAGAGAGGGGAAACCGCAACAGAUAGGGACAAUAAUGAAGUGAAGAAGGGGAAUUCAGAGGAGAGGGUGGAGGAGGAGGAUAAGGAGGAUGGAGGUAAAGAUCAAAAAACUGGGAAGGUUGUGCCUGAGGCUCCAAAGCUGAAAGGCAGGUUGCUGUGUGCAUAUGCAUGCAGCAUCUUGAUAAAAGUGCUCUUGGAAGCCAGCUUCAUUGUAGGGCUGUGGUUCCUCUACGAUGGCUUCUUCAUUGCACCGAAAUUUGAGUGUGUUGCGAAUCCUUGUCCUCAUACAGUGGACUGCUUUGUCUCUCGACCCACCGAGAAGACCAUCUUCACUAUCUACACCCAGGCUAUUGCUGCCGUCUCCCUGCUGCUGAACCUCAUUGAGCUCCUCCACCUCUUGCAGCUGGCCAUCUCCCACCGGCUGGAGAAGCGCUACUACACCCAGCACCAGUCCAACCUACGUUUAGCAGAGCAGGCAUUCCCCAGCCCAGAGGCUUCAGCAUUCCAAAUGGAAAUGGUCCCAUCAUACCAGGAGCGGGGGCACAUUCAUUCCCCCUUGGAAGGUGAGGAUAGAGGCUACCCUGAGCCCUGUGAGAGCUAUGUGGAUGUAGGGACUGAGGUGAGCUGGGGGCCUGGAGAGGCUGCAACCGACCUGCUUCCCAGUUAUCUCACCUGCAUUGGAGGUAGGAGGACCACACAUUCCCCCAGGGCCCACCACAAGAAACAUGUACACCAUAAUGGAAAACAUGGUAAGGGUGUCCAUAAGGGACACUCAAGGCAGAAGCAUUAUGUAUGACAAGGCCAUGGGUGACAUGGUGUUCUUAACAACAACCGCUUGGGCUUCUUUUUUUGAAACAUUGUCAUUCAUAUGACACUUUAGUUCCAGGAGUGCAAAAUGAGACUUCAAAUUGGGAGAAAAAAAAAAUGAAGAACAGCUUUUGCACUGUGAACUGGAUGCCUCAAAGGCAGGCACACAUUCAAACAGAGAUUUACCAGAUAAAUGGACCUAUUCAAAUCGGAACAUUCUGAGAACAUUCCCCGAGGCAAAAACAGAGACUAGGCACAAGAAAUGAGACUCCUCUGAGAGAAGAUAACAGUCACAAGAUUCCUUCAGGUUGCAUUUAAUGGCUUUUUGCACUGAAUGUGACAGUACAAAAACACAGUGUGGUGCAGAGGAGUCCAGGGGAGGGAGAAAGGGACUAUGUGAUAGAACCGGAUUUGAGCAUGUUCCCCUGAAGACUACACUGUAACCCCUGGAGCCCCUUGAAGCCCCUCUGUCCCAUCUCUCAGCUGUGGAUAGUGGAAUGUACUGGGCUCUGGAUCCUGCUCAGCUCCUAAGGGAAUGAUGGCUGUGUACAUGCAGAUGUGUGUAUGCAUACACACGUACACACACAAACAUUUUUUUUUUUUUCUGUCACCCGUCACCCAAUUUGGGUUAGGGGCAAGGGAAGCAGGGGUAAGGAAAGGGGAGCCAAACCAUGGAAUUUUGUGAUUGUCAAGGACUGAUGCUUGCCAGUAACCAUGCUAUUUUAAUUGAAGCUAUGGAGAGAAGGGAAGAGGAAGGAUCACAGGGGUGGAAUGGGAAGAAACAGAGAGAAACAGCCAGUUUUCAAAGUCUCUCCAACCCCUUGAGCCUGCGAGAGACAUCAAAAGAUGUAAUGCACAUUAAAUGGAUUGAAUACGGUACAGCUAAAGCUGAGAUGAACGAGUGCUGAUGCGAUGACAGGAAAUGUAUGUGAAAAUAGUAUUUAAUGUAGAUACAAAGGUUUUUGUAAAA